GUGGAAAGAACGAGUAGCCUCCGCACCGCCUUAGCAUCCCCGCCGGAGAUUGGUUAUAGCAAACUAAAGACUGGAGUAGUUCGUCAAGCGAUUUUCUUCAGUAUUUUUGGUAUUAACCAUCUCGGGGCGACCUAUCCACCUGUAACCCUUUUUUUUUAGUAACGUAACCAAGCCAAGCACAGAAAUGGCAAUCACAAGCAUGGACCCCGGACCAGGCAUCGCAGCUCUGCAAGCAUGGGGCGGACACGCGGCGGCCUACGGCAGCAACGAGACCGUUGUCGACAAAGUACUCCCAGAUAUGCUACACCUCGUCGACCCCCACUGGUAUCAGUUCCCACCCAUGAACCCGCUAUGGCAUGGCUUACUCGGAUUCGUAAUCGGAGUUCUAGGCUUCGUCUCCAUCACAGGCAACGGCAUGGUCGUAUACAUCUUCACAACCACAAAGAGCCUCAAAACGCCCUCAAACAUCCUCGUAAUAAACCUAGCAUUUUCUGACUUCCUCAUGAUGUUAGUGAUGUCUCCUCCCAUGGUAGUCAAUUGUUACAACGAAACGUGGGUAUUCGGACCGUUGGCAUGCCAACUGUACGCCUGUGCGGGAUCACUGUUCGGGUGCACAUCAAUCUGGACGAUGACCAUGAUAGCUUUCGACCGAUACAAUGUCAUUGUGAAGGGUAUUGCCGGCAAGCCCCUGACGAUCAACGGCGCACUGCUCCGAGUCUUCGCUAUCUGGCUGUUCUCGCUGGCAUGGACCAUUGCACCUCUGUUCGGAUGGGGCAGGUAUGUGCCAGAGGGCAACAUGACCGCCUGUGGAACCGAUUACUUCGACAAGUCGUGGCAAAACCGCAGCUACAUCCUGUUCUACUCGAUCUUCUGCUACUACUCGCCUCUGCUCCUCAUCUGCUAUUCUUACUUCUUCAUCAUUCAGGCUGUAGCGGCUCACGAGAAGGCAAUGAGGGAACAGGCCAAGAAAAUGAACGUCGCUUCUCUCAGGUCAUCAGAGAACGCCAACACCAGCGCUGAGUGCAAACUGGCUAAGGUGGCUCUAAUGACCAUCUCACUAUGGUUCAUGGCGUGGACACCAUACCUAGUGAUCAACUACGCUGGCAUCUUCGAGACCAUGACGAUCAGCCCUCUGGUGACCAUCUGGGGAUCUGUCUUCGCGAAGGCUAAUGCCGUCUAUAACCCUAUUGUAUACGGUAUCAGCCACCCGAAGUACCGCGCCGCGCUGUACGCGCGCUUCCCUGGCCUCGCAUGCCAGGCCGCCGCCGAAGACAACGGCUCCGUGGCCUCGGCCGCCACCGCCACCGAGGAGAAGCCCUCUGCGUGAGCCCUCCGCCGACCGACGACCGACCACCGCCUGCCAACGAUUCUGCCGACGCGAUCUUUAUUAUUUUUAUACGUGAAACAUUAUUGUACAAAGUUAUACACUUGAACACAGAACGCGAGCUGUUGAAUAUUCAGGCCUUUGCCAUUAGCCUUUGUAGAUAUCGCCCUCGCGACUCCUGCGUAUUUCUUGUUCGCGUUUUGUCCUUCGAGUUGGACGUUGCACACUAUUCUUAUGCCUUUGCUUUUAAACAUUGGCCGGCGGCACAAAAAAUACAAAAAAAGUGAAGGGAAUCAUGUCGCUAGGCCGCCCCGGUGACCAUGAGCCUGCUCCCAUUAGUAAUAGUAACGCAAUGGAAUCUCAAUGACGACGAAAAAGACGCUCUGUAUCUUGGACAAAUAAAGUUAACGACAGGCAAAGUGGUUCAUGACCACAUAAA